AUGAGCCGGAGCACCGAGGGUGCGGAGGGUGCCGAGAAUGCCGCCAGCGAAAGUAUCAUUGCCAUAGAGAUUGUCGCUAAAGAGCAUCAUAAGCUCUUCAUCCAGCUCAAAACCUCAGUGAGGAAGUUCCUGGGUAACCUCAUCGACCAACUGACCACACUGGGUCUCACCGAGAAGGCCUUUGGUCAAUCUAGAACCACUGAAGCCGGUGCUCGGUGGGUUGUUGACACUAUUAUUCUUAACGCCUAUGCGGAGUUGCGGUUUCCGAAACGCGAAAGAAACUUCGACGAGAUGUUGACCUCUGCCUUAACCCAGUGCGAGGGAAUGCAAAUGUGGUGA